AUGACAGUUCCCGAUGAGGUUGAUAUCAUUGUGUGUGGCGGUGGUAGCUCGGGCUGUGUGCCUGCUGGACGUCUGGCCAACUUGGACCACAAGCUUCAAGUCCUCUUGAUUGAGGGUGGAGAGAGCAAUCUUAACAAUCCGUGGGUUUACCGUCCAGGUAUCUACCCAAGGAAUAUGAAGCUGGAUUCUAAGACGGCAACCUUCUACUAUUCUCGCCCAUCAGAAUGGCUUGAUGGUCGACGUGCAAUUGUCCCCUGUGCUCACAUCCUUGGUGGUGGCAGCUCGAUCAAUUUCAUGAUGUACACUCGCGCCUCAGCCUCUGACUAUGACGACUUCCAAGCCAAAGGAUGGACUACCAAGGAAUUGAUUCCUCUAAUGAGGAAGCAUGAGACAUAUCAAAGGGCCUGCAACAACCGAGAUAUCCACGGUUUCGAGGGACCUAUCAAAGUGUCUUUCGGCAACUACACAUAUCCCAUCAUGCAAGACUUCCUCCGAGCAGCCGAGAGUCAGGGAUUCCCAGUCACAGACGAUCUUCAAGAUCUUGUUACGGGACACGGUGCUGAACAUUGGCUCAAAUGGAUCAAUCGCGACACUGGCCGUCGUUCCGAUGCUGCCCACGCCUACAUCCACGCCACUCGUGCCAAAUAUGAGAACCUUCACUUGCAAGUCAACACCAAGGUCGAUCGUGUUGUGAUCGAGAAUGGCGUUGCUGUUGGUGUCCUCACAGUUCCCACCAAGCCUGUCGGCGGUGGUGACCCACCACGAAAAUUCUGGAAAGCUCGCAAGUUGAUCAUUGUCAGUUGUGGAACUCUGAGCUCGCCUCUAGUUCUCCAAAGAUCUGGUGUAGGUGACCCAGAGAAACUGAAGAAGAUCGGCGUCAAGCCCAUCGUCGACCUACCUGGUGUCGGUCUCAAUUUCCAAGAUCAUUACCUCACCUUCUCCACCUAUCGAGCCAAGCCUGAUACAGAGUCCUUUGAUGACUUUGUCCGUGGCGACCCAGAUGUGCAGAAGAGGGUCUUCGAUGAAUGGAACAUCAAAGGUACUGGACCACUGGCCACCAACGGCAUCGAUGCUGGUGUCAAAGCUCGUCCAACCGAGGAAGAACUUGAAGAGAUGAAGACUUGGCCCACACCUGACUUCAGCCCCAGUGGUUGGGAAAGCUACUUCAAGAACAAGCCAGACAAGCCAGUGAUGCAUUACAGUGUUAUCGCUGGUUGGUUUGGAGAUCAUCUCGAUAUGCCUGCCGGAAAGUUCUUCACCAUGUUCCACUUCUUGGAGUAUCCAUUCUCUCGUGGCUUCACCCACAUCACCUCACCAGAUCCAUAUGAUGCUCCUGACUUCGAUGCCGGCUUCAUGAACGACAAGCGUGAUAUGGCGCCUAUGGUCUGGGGAUACAUCAAGUCUCGAGAGACGGCCCGCCGCAUGCAAGCAUACGCUGGUGAGGUCACUGGCAUGCAUCCUCAUUUCAGCUUUGGCUCAGAAGCUAGAGCGAGAGACAUGGAUAUUGCUACCCGUAAUGCGUACGGUGGACCCAACCAUCUCACUGCCAAUAUUCAACAUGGCAGCUGGACACAUCCUUUGCCCACGACUAAGCCCGCUGAGGAGGUUACGUUGAACUCCAACAGAUGCGAUCUUCGUGAACCUCUCAAGUAUAGCAAGGCGGAUAUCGAGGAAGUCGAGAAGUGGGUACAGCGUCACGUUGAGACCACAUGGCACUCUCUUGGUACCUGCAGUAUCGCACCCAAGGAGGGCAACAGCAUCGUGAAGCAUGGUGUCUUGGACGAGAGACUGAAUGUCCACGGCGUCAAGAACUUGAAGGUCUCUGAUCUUUCAGUGUGCCCCGACAAUGUCGGAUGUAACACCUUCUCGACUGCUCUCCUCAUCGGUGAGAAGUGUGCCGUCCUGUCUGCUGAAGAUCUGGGCUAUAGCGGGGCUGCUCUCGACAUGAAGAUUCCACCUUAUCAUGCUCCUGGUGAGACGGUCAGCUUGGCUCGCUUGUAG